AUGUUCGUCACACAAGAACGGUUUUGGAGGAGUCUACAUUUCAUUAGGAAUAUCAAGUUGUUGCUGUAUGCGUCCCACCACCUCGCACGGUACGCCAGUGAGGCUAAUGGGUCUAUAGGGGCUUGGAGAUCAUCGGUCACUGGUUCUGUAGAUUGGCGUGACAAUCGCUUUCUUCCAAGCACAGGAAAGACAGCAUGCGUCAAACGACUGUCAGAAGAACGCAAGAUGUCUCUAAUAUUUUUAUUGUCAGCCAGGACACCGUUCCAUUUACAUGGGCAUUGUGCUUAUUCCUCUGCAAAACGAUUCCACCAAUCUUACUUUGGUCGUAUGAGAAAAUACCAGACCACCGUGCGUUUCGCCGAGAUUUUUGCCCAGCUGGAGAUAUCAAAACCCAUAUCCGCCAAACGCUUGCCGUAG